CUCUCCGGCAGCAUUUAGACACAACGAAAGGAUCAUGGCGGAUGGCCCCAGGUGUAAGCGCAGAAAGCAGGCGAACCCGAGGAGGAACAACGUGACCAACUACAAUAAUGUGGUGGAGGCCGGCUCAGAGUCAGAUGACGAGGACAAGCUCCACAUCGUGGAGGAGGAAGGCAGCCUGGCGGACGGGGCCGACUGCGAAAGCACCCUGCCAGACGAUGAGCACCCCAGGGAGCGCUGCUGGGACCGAGUGAAGGAGGAUUGUGCGUCGGACGGUGAGGAUGACAGCACAGAUGCCUUGGUGGAGGAGAUGCUCCAGCAAGGAGACACCGCCGUCAUCUACCCAGAGGCCCCGGAGGACGAGCCACAACGCCACGGCACCCCCGACGCCAGCAUCCAUGACGAGAACGGAACUCCAGAUUCAUUCUCUCAGCUGCUCACCUGUCCCUACUGCGCGCGCGGCUACAAGCGUUACAGCUCCCUGAAGGAGCACAUCAAGUAUCGGCACGAGAAAACCGAGGAAUGCUUCAGCUGCCCCGAGUGCAGCUACACCUUUGCACACCGCUCUCAACUGGAGAGACAUAUGACAGCCCACAAGCCCGGACGGGAUCAGAGACACAUCACACAGUCGGGAGGCAAUCGUAAAUUCAAGUGCACUGAAUGUGGCAAAGCAUUUAAAUACAAGCACCAUCUGAAGGAGCACCUACGCAUCCACAGCGGAGAAAAACCCUAUGAGUGCUCCAACUGCAAGAAGCGGUUCUCCCACUCGGGCUCAUAUAGCUCCCACAUCAGCAGUAAGAAGUGCAUCAGCCUCAUCUCAGUUAACGGCAAACCACGCUUGGGCAACAGCAAAACCCAGACCCAGGGUCCAACACCAAUCCUUCCCACAUCACCCUCUGUCCUCCGCACCCAGAUCAGGGAGAAGCUGGAGCACAGCAAACCCCUACAGGAGCAGCUGCCCCUCAACCAGAUCAAGAACGAGCCUGUGGACUACGAGUACAAGCCGACGGUAAUGACGUCUCCAGCUGUGGCUGGCAUGAAUGGUGGGGUUUUCAACGGAGGUGCUGCAGCUCCCCUGCAUGGCACAGUGCAGGCGGUGGUCCUGCCCACUGUGGGGCUGGUGUCGCCCAUCAGCAUCAACCUAGCAGACCUGCAGAAUGCCCUCAAAGUGGCAGUGGAUGGUAACGUCAUUCGCCAGGUGCUGGAAAGCAAUGCCAAAGGCCAGGGGCAGGUGAACUCUGGGUUAACCACUGGAACGCUCCACCCCACGCAGCAGCAACUCAUCUCAGCCAUCAGUCUGCCUAUUGUGGGUCAGGAUGGAAAUGCAAAAAUCAUUAUAAACUACAGUUUGGACCCCAACCAGGGCCAGCUCACAGCCCAAAACCUGAAGAAAGAGCCUGAGCCAAUCUCACCAACUCAGCUCACUGAGACCUACAAGUCCCAGAAACUCCCAGAAGAUCUUACCAUCAGGGGCACCAGGCCCACUGAGACUAAAGAAGAGGAAAAGACCACUAAGACUUGUCUCCUGUGUGAUAACUGUCCCGGUGGGCUGGAAGCACUCCAUGCCCUCAAGCACUGCAAGAAGGAUGGUCUCAAGCUGAACGGAGCAGGCCUGGAUAAGUCUGAGUCUGCUGUUGCUGCCCUGCUGUCAGAGGGAGGACUUUGCAACCAGCCCAAGAACCUCUUGUCUUUGCUCAAGGCCUACUUUGCCUUGAACGCAGAGCCCACCAAGGAUGAGCUGGCCAAGAUCUCUGAUUCAGUUAGCCUGCCAAUCCAUGUGGUCAAGAAGUGGUUUGACAAAAUGCAGGAAGGUCAGAUAUCACUAGGUGCCCCGACACCUCCUUCAGAGGAAGAAGAUACCUGUGAUGCUAACAGUGUGGUGUCUCUGGUCCCAGGAAAGGACAUGGCCACUAUGAGCCCUUCUGUGACCCAGGACAGCCCUACAGAAGCAACCCCAGCUGAGGUCAAUGGCUCUCACAGCUCCCCGGCCUCCCCCUCACCACUAAACCUGACAGCUGACGGUCCUGUCCCAGCCCAGCCCCCCCAGAGCACUGAGGGACCCCUAGACCUGUCGCUGCCAAAGCCCGACAGAGAGGAAGUAGAGAGAGCGGUGACUAAAGCCUGUGUUUACCCCUCCCCUUCCUCUGGCUCUACCAAUCAGGAUGAACCUCUGAAUUUAACUUGCACAAAGAAACAGGCAUCGCCACUCUCAGCCAUAGGCAGCCGCCCUAUUGCAAUGUACACCAGCCAGCCAAGUGCCAAUCCCCUCAACAUAGUGACCACUCAGCUCCCCACUCUGGUGACUAUUGCUGACCAGGGCCGCAUGCAAUGUCUAAGGGCGCUAACCACCAACAACAAACAGACUAUCUUGAUCCCGCAGCUGGCUUACACUUAUACCACUACAGCUAACAGCCCUGCUGGGACAGAGACACAGGAAACCAUCCACCUCAACGGCAUAAAGGAGGAGAAGCCGGACACGGGUUCAGAGGGCGUAUCCACCGUGGAGGAGCACAACGACUCCGACUCGGGCCCUCCGAGGAAGAAGAUGAAGAAGACGGACAGCGGCAUGUACGCCUGCGACCUGUGCGACAAGAUCUUCCAGAAGAGUAGCUCGCUGCUCAGACACAAAUACGAACACACAGGGAAGCGACCUCAUGAGUGCGGCAUCUGCACCAAGGCCUUCAAACACAAACACCACUUGAUCGAACACAUGCGACUCCACUCCGGGGAGAAGCCGUACCAGUGCGACAAGUGCGGCAAGCGCUUCUCCCAUUCGGGCUCCUACUCCCAGCACAUGAACCACCGCUACUCCUACUGCAAGAAGGAGACGCAGAGCCAAGGAGAGGGCAGGGAGAGCCCUGAGGUGGACGGCGAAGCCCAGGCCGAGCUGGAGGCACUGAGCCAGGCGCUGCCUCUGCGCCUGGCUCCCUCCCAGCUGGACUCGGACGAGCGAGGGAGCAGCACCAGAGAGGACGAGGAGAGCGAGGAGUAUGAGGAGGAGGAGGAAGAAGGUGCAGUUGACAUGGAUGACAUCCAGGUGGUGCAGAUAGGAGACGAAGGAGGGGAUGAGGAGGAGGAGGAAGAGAUGGAGACUGUAGUGGUGGAGGGAGGAGAGGUGGAGAAGACAGAGAUAGAGUUGAACGAGGAGGAAGAGGAGGCUGACACAAGGCAGGAGGAGGUGCUCGGGAGUGAUAAGGAGGAGGAGGAAGUCAAGGUGGAAGGAGGAGAGGCGAUGGAUACAGAAGAAGGGUUGACGGAAGAGGGAAAAGCAGAGGAGGAGGUCACGGAGGAGAGCGGAGGCGAAACAAACAGGAACACAGUUUCUGAAGACGAGAACCAGACGCUGCAGGAGAAAGGAGAUACUGACUAACAGAGGAAUCCGACUCCUCCAUGAGACGCAAUCAGAUUCCUCCUCUCCCCGCACAGAGGAAGAACGCUGGAGAUGAUGUCUGGUUCCUCUUGACAGUUUGUUUCAGUUCACUACUGUGUAGAAAUCCAGGUGUGCCUGAAAAAAUACUAGUGACUUUUCCACAGGAGAUCAAUUUCUCACUGUUAGAAAAAUCCAUUUGUAAAGAAAAAGAUGAAGACGAACAUGAAUUUUAACAAACGAAGGAAAUGCAUUAUACAGACUUUGGAAGCUAGAGCCGACACGUUUUAGAUAAUGUUUUAUUACUAAAACACCUUGGGUCAUUUCUUUUUAUCAGUGUUACUAAUUUUAUCACUCAUAUUUUAACCUUUAAAAGCUGUACAGUUGGGAGAUAUUUCUAUACCUUUUUAUUGCCAAUGAACAAAAAAAGUCAGUAUUUUAUUAAGUUGGAAGGAAAAUAAGAAAAAUCCUGUGCACUACAAGUGGCUUGGUUUACCUAUGGAUUGAGCAGUUGAGUUGUGUUGUCUACCCUUCAGUAUUACCGCACUAGAGAUACCACGCCAUCACGCUAGCAGAUGUUAGCAUUACAUUUCUUUUUGCUGUUAUUUUGAUUGGAUUGUGAGCCUUAAGAAGAAAAACAACGGAGAGCGGACGGGUCUUUUCAGCCAUUUAGUUUCUUUCAGACUCAUUUUUGUCAAUGUUUCUUUUAGAAAUCAGUGUUUUAAAGAAAUAGUUUGACAUUUUGAGAAAUAAGCUGCUUUCUUGAUGAGAGUCAGAUGAGGAGAUUGAUACCACUCUUUGUACAGAGUAUCAAUCUUCUUUUCAACUCUAAGCAAGAGAGUGACUAAGCAAAGCCAAAAUGUCAAACUAUUGUUCAAUCAAUGUUCAGAGCAAGCAGAAAGGGGAUGUAGAAAACGUUUUGACCCUCACUAUACCCAACCCCCCCACACCCCCCCCACUCCGAGCCUUAUGCAAAAAAUCAAACAAAAAGAGAGACAUGCAUAUCAAAAGUGCCAUUGAAUACUGCUGUUGAAGCUUAGCAGCUAUGAUCAGGUAUUGCCGGGUCCCAGAUCAACCAAUAAGCCGGAAAUACUGUUGACUUUGGCUCGCCACCACACCUGAGAGAGUAGAAUCUAGCCUACCACAUAUUCAUGUACCAUAGUUUUUAGAUAAGUUGCUUUUAUUUCUAAUCUGAGCGACUAAAAGAAUUACAAUGCACAUGUUUUCAAACGGAUGAUGAUGAUGAAGUAUGAUUUCUAAUUGUUAACUGUGUCCUGCCUUUUUCGAAGCUUAUUCAGUGCACUUGUUUAACACACCAUGAAACGCUCAGAUGUCUCUUCAGGUAACAAAAUGUAGGUAAAUAUGAAUCCCAUGAGUUUAAUUCAACAAUGUUUUUACCUGUCAGUAUUAUUUUUUUUUUGUCUUUUGUUGUUUUAUGUUCUGUUUCAGUGUGUGUACUGUAUGUUUUCAGCAAUUGCAGUAUUAUCCCCUCCCCCAACGAGAUGGGUAUGUCUGUUUAGUCAUAGAGAACUUUUAUAUUUAUGUGUCUUAUUUUUUAUAUUUCUUUAUGGUUAUUUAUUACACUAUGUAGUGUACAAUACUGUAGUUUGUAUUAAUACAAUAAUAUAUUUUAGUAUGGAAAAAAAAAGAUUCAAAGGCAAAUAACUACAAGCCUGGAAAAAUGAGACUCCGGCAUACUGAAGUAUGUUUUUCGAACAAAUAAAUGAUGUUUUUCCUCGGGAAAAAAGAAACUCGCACCCCGCAAGCCUGAAAAUUGGAACCUGUGACCUCUCUGCAUCCAUUCUCAUGUUAGUUUAGUUUUCUUUCCCCUCUCUAAUAUGAAGCUACUGAACUUUUGAAAAAUAAUUGUAUGUCUAAUAGCAUGAGUGUGCUGUUGUAUUGAAGGAUGAUCCUUAACCACACAAACUGUCCUUUUGCCAAGCCAAAAUAAUAUUGAUGUAUGUUCUUAUGUUUUUAUUUGUGCCAAUUUGUUACUUUAUAUGUCAGUGUCAAGACCACGCCCACUUUUAUAUGCUCCUCCCCCCUUUAACACCCUCAUCUUUUUUUAUAGUGAUUGUUUUUGUUUGUUUUCUUUUUUGUUCGUUUUUUAUGACUCCCCAUCUCACAA